AUGCCGGAAGAUCGAGCCUUGAGCGGGCUCACCAAUGCGGUGGCCGGCGCUGUAGCGGGCGCAGCCACCGGGGUGGCCAUGUUUAUGCUUCUGAGAAAGCGAGACAAGGAGGAAGCUAGUAUGCCACAGAACGAUGGCGGCAAUGUACAGGCCAAGGACCAGCGCGCUAAGAAGGCGGGCUUUACUUCGAAAUGGACCAAACCCGUGGUGAUUGCCAGCCCUGCUCUGGAGCCUCUGGCGAAAGAGGUUCGAAAAAGGCUGGGAGAGGAAGAUUAUCCUGAAAGUGCUGGUCCUACCGUGUCUUUGGAGUAUUUUAAGUCCAAAGAUCCGAAUGUGAAGUUUAAUUGGACGCGUGUCGUUGGUCGAAAGAUCAUUUUCCUGUUCGACACGGUGGACCAAAGCCGAUUUUUUGAGCCGUCAAAACGUGUUGCGAGGCGUUGCAAGGCUUCGCAGUCCCGGAUGGCGAAGACAAAGGCACCAAGUGGAAGACCUAUGUGA